GCAAUCUGGAAGUCGACAGCAACAGACAACAACCGCCGCCAUGCCUACCAGACUCACCAAGACGCGGAAACACCGCGGUCACGUCUCCGCCGGUCAUGGUCGUAUUGGAAAGCACAGGAAGCACCCGGGUGGUCGUGGUAUGGCCGGUGGUCAGCACCACCACCGUACUAACCUCGACAAGUACCACCCUGGUUACUUCGGUAAGGUUGGUAUGAGACACUUCCAUCUCCAGCGCAACCACUACUGGAAGCCCACCAUCAACCUCGACAAGCUCUGGUCUCUCGUCCCCGAGGAGACCCGCGAGAAGUAUGUCGCUGGUAACGCUCCUUCCGAUAAGGCCAUCGUUCUCGAUCUCCUUUCUUUGGGUUACGCUAAGGUCCUCGGAAAGGGCCGUCUUCCUGAAGUCCCCAUCGUUGUCAAGGCUCGCUACGUCAGCAAGGAAGCUGAGCGCAAGAUCAAGGAGGCUGGUGGUGUCAUUGAGCUCGUUGCUUAAAUGCUGCGAACAUGUUCGGAUUAGGAUACUUAGUGUUGGAAUGUCUCGAUGAAAUGAAAUAAAGAGGACGGUAAAACCGAAAUAUCGAACGGACAUUGAUACAAUGGAGAGCAAGCGGAAAAUCUUUUCUUCAGACAGAAGAUCAUCCUCUACGUGUGAUAAUGAACGAAAAGUUAGCAUUGUUCAAAUGGAUAGACUGCAUGCUUACGACAACACUGCUGUCUACCGAAACUGUCUUUUCGGCAGUUAAAACUAUUUCUCAGGUCUCAUAGCAAUAUUCAAGACUAUUUGUCCUAGUUUUCUCACAUUCAUU